UUCUAAAGUUAAUUUGUUUUGAAUUUAAUUAUUCAUAUAUGUCUGCUUGUUCAUUCUGUAUCAUUAUUUCGUGCAAUUCCCAUAAGCGCCAUAGGGUGGCAACGUUGCGCAGGCUUCCCUAGUUUAUCUGCACGAAGUAGAAGUAAUGAGGAGAAAGGCCAGAGCUUCAGAAUGCGGGAGCCACCGCUCGUUGCAGCCGUACGUUGCACAAGACGGCAAAAGGGAAAGUUCUAGAGGCGAGUGAAGAGAUAAAUGAUAAAUCCAAAAUCGUUCAAGAGUGUCCAUUAAAGCUGCAGACCAGGUCAUAUUGUUUUAGCACCCUUGGUCGGCGAAAUAAGGUAUUAGAUAGUGAAUUAUAAUUGAAUAUUUUAUGGUUUGUUUGUGAAUGUAUGUUAAUUUUGUUUGCUCAUAAUAUUUUUUGUAUGUAAAAUUGUCUAGUUUUCACGGUGCACCAGGUGCUUAUGGUGCGAACAAAAGUGGAGAGAAAAAUAAAAGAAACUGGAGCAUCAGUCGAGACUACUUCGUCUUUUUGGACCGAGGGGCAGCUACAGUGAAAACUUAUCGCAUCCACGUCUCAGCUAAGUCAACGAAGACAUCUCUUGAAGCCAGUCCAGUGAUCAGGUGACAUUGUUCAACUGCAGCAUCACAAAUGAACUCCUGGUCUUAUUGCCACACAAUAUAAAGUAACACUGGAAGAAGAUUCAACUUCACCUUCAUGUUGAAUUUGAGAGACUUUAUUGAUGGAUCGUUUUAAGAAUCCCUCUUUCACGUAUUGACUCAACACAUCUACUUAGCAGUUGUUAUAUCUCAUGUCAUAUUUGAAGUGACCAAUGUAAAUAUUUAAAAUAUUUUUCUGUUUAGAAAAUGUUAUAGCACUUCAAGGGUAUAAUAUUGUGAUUGCAUUUGAUUAUUGCUUGAGAUAACUUGCCAGAUUAUUCCAUAUUUUUGAUAAUUUCUCGGCAUCAAAGGGUUGUAGAAGUGUAAUAAGCUUAUAAUUAAGCGCUCAAAACUUAUAGUCAUAUAUUUUGACCUGGUUCGGUUCUUACUAAGAACAUUAACGUGUUUAAUAACAUAUUGUUGAUUAAUUGUCCGGUCAGUUUUAGUGUUGCUCGUAAAAAAACAGCUAGGCAUAGCAACAGUAUGUCGCUCCACGAGGAAGAGGCAACCCAAUCUCUACAAAAGAGCGAAUUUGACCCCAGUUUAGAGACUGCAAUUGAAAGGGGAUUAGAGAUGCCCAGUACCAGUAUAGUUAGUCAAAACUCAGAUGUUUGUCAAGAAAGGCCUGAUGGACGCCAACGCACUCUAACUGAGAAAGGUCGAGAAUUCCUCCAUCAAGAGACCCAAAAACGAGAGAAGGCCUUCAUUAAGGCAUAUGACUCCUGGAAGCAGACAGCAAAACAAAGUAGAGCGACACUAAAAUCCUUGUGCUCUCCUGAAGACCUAGGCCAUAUCGAAAGGGAAAUUGAAAUAAGACACAGAACAGUAUGUCAACAAUAUGAACCCAUCAAGCGUAACCAUGCUACGACACCUAUGAUCGCCAACAAAAUGGACGCCUGCAACAAUUUAACUGAAGAGAUAACCACCCUUGUCAAUAUGCGAAUGCAGCCACGUGAAAGAUAUAAUGAAGAGCUAGAGAAACAACGGGUAAGAAUGGUGCUAAAUAAAGAUGAGUAUGGAUCUGUUUUUGGUCGUACAGAGACUGAGACUGUAAUUUCAGACCAAUCUGAAAGCCAGCCAAGUUUCAACUCAUCUCAUUCUAGUCAGCGUUUAGAGGCAGAAGCAGAGCUUGCUGCUAAAAGGGAACAGGCUAAAGCAAUUGAAGACAUCCAGGCUCAACAAGCAAAGAUCAUUCAACUAGAAAGUGAAUUGAAGGUGGCAGAGGCAGCAAUAAAGGUAGAGGAAGCAGCCAGGUUAGCUGAAGUUGAGAGGAAAAGAGCUGAGAGGCACAAGAAGCUAGAACAGGAACGAACAAAGCUAGCUCGGAUACAAGCAGAGAAGGAAGUCCAGAUAGCAGCAGCGCGGGUAAAAGCGUAUGACAGUUUUGGAAGUGAUUACGAAAGAGAAUUUGAAUUAAAUACAGCUCACCAAGAGAUGAAUCACACGCUAAACCCAAAUGCAACGUCCUUCCAACCUCAACAAGCACCCUCUCAAAAAGCUACACCUGUGGAGGCCAUCAGCCUAGCUCAGGCCAUCGCGAGCUCUCUCAGUAUAAACCGCCUACCUGUGCCCGAACCAACAAAAUUUACUGGUGAUCCUAUCAGGUAUGUCGACUGGAAGACAACCUUCAUGGCACUCAUUGACCAAAAACCUAUACCUAUAGCAGAGAAAAUGUUUUACCUAAAAACCUAUCUCUCUGGAGAGGCUCUAAAGGCAGUGGAAGGGUUCUUCUACAGGACCUCAGAAGAUGGAUACCAGGGAGCUUGGAAGGUUCUAGAAGAAAGGUAUGGUAACCCAUUUAUAGUGCAAAAGGCCUUCAGAGACAAACUUUCCAAAUGGCCGAAGAUCAGCGCUACCGAUCCAAUAUCCCUGAGAGAUUUCACAGACUUUCUACAAGGUUGUGCAGCUGCUCUACCUCAUGUCAAAGGACUAUCAAUCCUAAACGACUGUGAGGAGAACCAGAAACUACUCCAAAAAUUACCAGAGUGGAUUGUGCGAAAAUGGAGCAGAGUCGUCGUGGAAGAGCUAGACAAGUCAAACAGUUAUCCAGAUCUGGCGCACUUCAUAGACUUCCUGAACAAAGAGGUCCGGAUUGUCUGUAACCCCAUCACCGCUCCCUUCUUCAUGAAUGCAAAGGCUAACGAGACGAGAACACCACAGAGGACCAGAGCCCUUAGUACAACUGCACAGAUAAAGGAACCCAUAAAACAGACCCAAGAGACAUUUAAGCCAAAACCACCAUGCGCCGCUUGUAAAAAUGAAAGUCAUGGUAUUGUUUGGUGCCCAACCUUCGCAUCAAAGAGCUUAGAAGAAAAAAGGGCUUUCAUACAGGAGAACAACCUUUGUUUCGGAUGCUUGAGGAAGGGGCACACCAGCAAAAAUUGUCAAAGGCGACAUAUCUGCAGCGUCUGUCAUGGGCGACACCCCACAUGCCUGCAUGAAGAGAGGAAGCAAAGGACAACAAGAGAGAUAACGAACGACACACCUCCUGCAGACAAAGCUCUUGGUCAAGAAGCCCACGUGGUGCACUCUCACACCUCAGUACAGUACGUACCUGCCACCUCCAGCAUAGUCCCGGUUUUGGUGUCAUCAUCAUUAGAGCCUCAGCAAGAAGUUCUUACCUAUGCUAUACUCGACCAGCAGAGCGACGCAACCUUUAUCCUAGAAGAUCUGCUCGACAACUUGAAUGUAGAGUCAGCCCAACCAACGACGUUAAAACUUAGCACCAUGACAGCCAUUGACACUGUCUUACCAAGUAAGUGUGUCAGUGGGCUGCAGGUUCGAGCACUCCUUUCCGGAAAGCCUAUCCAAAUAAACCAAGCCUUCUCACGGAGCUUUAUUCCUGUGGAUAAGUCAUACAUCCCGACAAAAGAGACAGCCCAGCAGUGGUGUCACCUACAGCAUUUGACAAACCAGAUACCGACACUCCAAGAUUGUGAGGUAGGACUGCUAAUUGGAUCAAACUGCCCAGCAGCACUAGCCCCAAUUGAAUCUGUCAUAGGUGGAGGAGACAAACCGUUUGCACAGCGGACAGAGCUCGGUUGGAGCAUUGUAGGACCAUCCAAUCUGCAUCACGAAAAACAAGGAAGGACCAGCUACGUCCACAGAAUUGCUGUAAAAGAAAUCCCAACCUCACCAGUCAUGGAUGAAUUGAAAGCCCUUGAGCUAGAUUUUAGCGAGAGAAACUGCGAGAAAUAUAUGUCGCAAGAUGUUAACUUAGGACAGUUCCUCAGCAAGAAAAUUAGGCAGAAGGAUAGACACUUAGAGAUGCUUCUACCUUUCAAAAAUUAUUCUCCAUCAUCUCUUUCAAACAACAAGAAGCUUGCCACCAUCCCACUUCAAUGUCGGAAGAGGAAGCUGAAGUCCGACCCACUCCCAAAUGACUUCAGAUCACGGUGGGAGAAGUGGAAACUCUGUCUCGAGAAGCUACAAGAAGUUGUAAUUCCACAAUGCUAUCACCCACAGAACUUUAGUGCCAUCAUUAGAACAGGACUGCAUCACUUUGCCGAUGCCAGCUGCAAAGGCUGCGGUGACUCAGAAGUUAAGGUAGCUCUAGCAUGUAAUACUAAGUCCAACGAUAGUGUCGACCUCCUCAACCGUCUAAGUCGGAUCUCUUUGUUGAUGAAACUCUUGAAAGUAGUCACAAGAAUCAAGAGACUAGAGUCCAAAGAACCACACAGAGAGCUGGUGACUGUCACAGAUACAGAAAGAGCUGCUAAAAUCAUCCUCAAGCUCGUCCAGCAGCAAGCUUUUCCCAAGGAGCUGAAGAUGAUCCAGAGAGGAGAAUAUCUACUAAGCUCGAGAGCUCUUUCCCGUCUCGACCCAAUCCUGCAGAGAAAUCUACUCUGUGAUGGUGGAAGGUUAAAGAAGUCAACACUGAGUCUGGAACGAAAAUGCCCCAUCAUCCUUCCAAAGGACAGCAAUGUCAUCAAGCUGAUUCUUGCCCACUACCAUAUCAAGACCUGCCAUCAAAGACGAGGACAAACCCAGAUGGCCCAAUGGGCUCUGGGUUAUUGUUGGGGCAGACUUGUGGCCAAGCUCAUCCAACUCUCUGCGCAAGGCAGAAAACGAAGGGACCGCCUCAUGAAGCUCACGACUAGACAGGAAUCGUUCAAACCCCGUGGCAAUCUCCAAAUGGAUGAUGAAAAUCUCACAAGAAACCAAUGGCGACUAGGAAGAGUGGUCGAAGCUAUUCAAUGAAGUGAUGGAUUAGCUAGAAGAGCUAAGACCCAAACUGGAGAGCACAAAUUGAGAAUUCGGGAUCAUUCAUCCGAACCUUCGAUUAUAGAGAGGCGAAUUCAAAAGUUAGUGCUUCUCCUCGAGAGCGAAUAGAACUGUUACCUCACUCAAACUUAUUAGCGUAAAAGUACAAGGUAAAAUCAGUUGCAGAUUAGAGUUUAAAAUCCUGCAAGAAGCAUUUAAAUUGUUCAAAGCAGGAUUUGGUGGGAGUGUAAAUGCAGCUAAUCUGCAUUCCAAUGUAAUAUAAUUUAAUAUAAUCUUUAAAGGUUCUAAAGUUAAUUUGUUUUGAAUUUAAUUAUUCAUAUAUGUCUGCUUGUUCAUUCUGUAUCAUUAUUUCGUGCAAUUCCCAUAAGCGCCAUAGGGUGGCAACGUUGCGCAGGCUUCCCUAGUUUAUCUGCACGAAGUAGAAGUAAUGAGGAGAAAGGCCAGAGCUUCAGAAUGCGGGAGCCACCGCUCGUUGCAGCCGUACGUUGCACAAGACGGCAAAAGGGAAAGUUCUAGAGGCGAGUGAAGAGAUAAAUGAUAAAUCCAAAAUCGUUCAAGGUAAUUUUUAUUUAACAUAUAACAAAUAUUUUGUUAAUAUAGUGUCACAUUAGGUGCUCUAUUCAUUUGUUUUAAGCACGUUUUUGCCUGCCUUUUGUUUGUCUAAUGGCGCCCAUUGUACAUUUUCUCAGAGUGUCCAUUAAAGCUGCAGACCAGGUCAUAUUGUUUUAGCACCCUUGGUCGGCGAAAUAAGGUAUUAGAUAGUGAAUUAUAAUUGAAUAUUUUAUGGUUUGUUUGUGAAUGUAUGUUAAUUUUGUUUGCUCAUAAUAUUUUUUGUAUGUAAAAUUGUCUAGUUUUCACGGUGCACCAGGUGCUUAUGGUGCGAACAAAAGUGGAGAGAAAAAUAAAAGAAACUGGAGCAUCA